CGGCCAUUAGUCGUGCAAAAACUGCUGUUCAGUCUGUACACUUUUCGCGUCGUAACGGAAACGGAAAUAAGCCGCAAACAGUGUGCAUCAUGUGGAAAUCGAUGUUUAUAGUUCUUUCGAUUUUGUUUGGCGCCUAUAUGGUGGAAUGCAGUGCAUACGAUGAUUUUGACUGUCCAAAACCAAACGGGCAAUAUGAAGAUCCUUUUCAAUGCGACAAAUAUUACGAGUGCAAGAAUGGACAAGCUACUGAAAUGAUGUGUCCUGAUGGAUUGGUGUUCAACUCUAGGAAGAGAAGCCACAACAAGUGUGACCAGCCAUUUAAUGUCGAUUGUGGGGACCGCAAGGACCUUCAACCAGCCAAUCCUGAAGGCGUUUGUUUGAGACAAAACGGAUUUUUCCCUCACCCCGAUUCAACCAUAUGCAACAUUUUCUACAACUGUGUUGACGGUCAGCACAUGGAAAUGUCAUGCGCUUCUGGAUUGCAUUUUGAUUUGAAGACCGGUACGUGUGUUUGGGCGGAAAAUGCUGGCCGGCCGGACUGUAACAACAAUGCCAACAAAAAACUGAAGGAUGGUUUCCAGUGCCCUACUGUUUACGAACAGAUGAACAAGGAUGGUCAGAUGAUUAGCCAUCCUACCUAUCCCCAUCCAGACGAUUGUACAAAAUUCUACAUUUGCCUCAAUAGAGUUGAACCAAGACAAGGAGCUUGCGAUGCCGGGCUGGUGUACAACGAGGAGAUUGAACGGUGUGACGAUCCCGACAAUGUGCCCGGCUGUAAGAACUGGAAAACUGGGUCGCCGAAACAAUGAACUGAGUACUACUUAUAAGUGUCAGAAAGACUAAAGUAAAAUAUAUCGAUAAGUUUUGAAAUGUAAAUAAAAUAAAUUUAAAAUAUCCUUAUAAAAA